AUGCCAUUAGAUGUUUUGCUUGGUAUUCUACAUUGCACUGACCUGGGUGGUUACUUGACCAUGGAGAGCAUACUUUCUACCUUUGCCGGUCGCCAGGUUGGCUACGAAGAGGGCGACACCUUUCCCUGGCAGCCAGUAGCUGCCCCGGGCGUGGAACCCGCAAAGUCCCUUACCUUCCUGCGUCCCGUAGGACCUCCACCUACAGGUCCGGUGGCGGGUGUGCAGCUGGACCGGGGAUUCAGGCCCCAACCCGUGGCAUCAUCACACCGGUGUCAGACGGAAUCGUUAUUUUCCUCACCGGCAGUGCCUGGAACAGGUAACGAUGACGAGCAGCCCGCCAAGGAGCGAAGAGUAAUCAAGGAUCCGUCGCAAUUCCGGGAUAUUGCGGCGUAUCUCGAUACAGGUCAAGAUGAGGACGGCAACGAAGUUUCCAUCGUAGCCACGUGCCCGGUAUGCAGCUGCUUGCUUCGGCUGCCGGAGGCAGUGAUGCCAAAACAGUAUCCAAAUCCCGAGACGGAGCCUCUACAGGUUCUACCGUGCGGCCAUUUGAUCGGCGCGAAGUGUCUUGAUACACACUUCCGUUAUAAGAACCAGCUGAUUAGAGAGGAUCUCGAUGACCACCCUAACGUCGAUUCCGCGCUCUUCGUUGAUUGCCCAAUGUGCAGGUUUCCGCUGGAUCAUCCAGGCUGCCGGCAACACGACCCUGAUAAGAAUGUCUGGCACGUUCGCCACACAGUUGAGCUACGGCCAUACAAUCCGACCCUACCCAGGGCGGGUCAGGUUCCACUGACCAUACUUGAGGGCGGCGAGGUCGAAUUUUACUGUCGACAUUGCAUACUCGCAAUCCGGGAACAAAACUUUAAGAUGUUCUCCGAGGUUUUGGACCAUCUCCUUCCCAAUGUUGCCAACAAUCGAUAUAUAGAUUCUAGAGACUGGUCAGGACAUCAUAAUAGCAUUCUAAGGUGGUGA